UAAAGCCGAACUUCUGUCUCGCUAAAGAUCAUCAAAACAGAAAUAUUGUAAUCGUGAAUCUAUAGAUGUUCAUAUUCGUUGCUAGUAAAUACUAUACGAAAUAAUUUAUCGGGUAACACGGAAUAUUAAAUACGUACCCAAGCUGAUCCGGAUCCAGCUCAAAUGAAACUCUGGUACGAAAGUAUAUGGGAGCAAUUCCGCGACGACCGUGAUCGUCGCAUUUCGGAUCGAUUCGGCAAAUUCAGCCAUAUUGCCCAGGCCACCAUACCGAGCGACAGCGACAUAGCAGCACCGGAACGUUCCCAGUCGGUGGACAGCGAAGACUGUGUCAUCAUCGAGGUACCGAUUCCGAUCGUCAAUCUGUGCACUCCGGAUAGGGUUGCCACACCACCACCGCUAGGAAAACGAUUUCAACGGCGACUGCCGCCUCGUUUAACAUCUAUGGACAACGAAGAUUAUGUUUUUAUGGGAGUGCCGGAUGAUAUCAUUGAUCUAUGUUCUCCGAAUGAGAAUGUUACACUCCAAAACGAUCCAGGCGUAGAACUAUGCUCUCAGUAUGAGGUGUUUAGUGAUCAGGAAAGACGGGCACGUCGUUGGAGUUCAGAUAACAUUCCGGAUUUGGAGUGCAGCAAUUGCUAUCAGCAGGAUGGUCACAUGCGUAAAAAGCAUUUGAUUUGCAAAAUAUGUUUCAAGCGUCAUUAGGGAGGAUUGGGAAAUGAGUUUUAAUAAAUUCUACAUUAGCGUUGUUGAUCAAUCGAUGAA